ACUAUGGUAUUUGAGAACUUAUUUUUUUCGGCAGUUCUUUUGGGAUGGAGUUCUCUUUUAAUGGUUCUAAAGCAGGAAAGAUUUUACUAUUACCUUUGUGAAACAGUCUUAUGUUUGCUCUAUCUUGUAUUUUAUUUGGGUGUGCAGAUGUCGAGAAACAAUCAUGGUUUCUCUUUCCAGCAGUAGCCCUCAACGGUGUAGGAGGAAUCAUCACAACGUUCACAUCAUUCCAGAUUGCUAAUUUAUUCCCUUCCAAAAGAUCCACAGUUAUCAGUCUCAACAUCGGUUCAUACGCCUCUGCGGCCAUCCUUUUCAUGAUCGUUAAGGGAUUGUAUGACUGCCAAAUUAGUAGACAGAUCAUAUUUUUGGGUGUUGCCAUAUGCACCAUGUUUGUACCUAUUAACUGUUGGAUUAAUGUACCUGUUGAGCCCAUCCCAGAUCCUGAAGGCAACACUGGCAUGAACUGGCACAUGUUAAGUUUCAAUCACCGAAUCAGCGGCAAGAAGUUCCAGAAACAUGUGACGACAGUAGGGCGACGUCUCAGCCUUGACACGGACAAUGUGUUUCUACCACCAGGUAAAGGCUUCUAUUCCAAUGUUAGCAGCUUCGACCAGCCAUUCGGGAACACCGUUAACAAGGAGAAAGACAUUGAAGAAAUCAAACUGGAAAUGAGGAAUGGAAAACCCCACUAUUCUUCCCAAUUGCACCUUGAGGUGAAGAUGGAAGAAGACUCUAAGGAUAAUGAGCAGAGUUUUAUGAAGUCUGUCUUCAGCCCCAUCUACAUGUGGAGUGUCCUGGUCCUGUGCAUUAUGCAGCUACGUCUUCUCUUCUUCAUAGGUUCGAUCUCUCAGUUACUUGAUGGCCUUGUUGAUAACCCUGACACUGUAAAUACUUACAUUAAUAUUUUUGGACUGAUGCAACUGCUGUGUCUGAUAAGUAGUCCUCUUAUUGGCCUUGUAAUGGAUUGGAAGAUCAGAGCAGCUCUUGAACAACAAAAGCGUGAAAAACGUUCUAUGUCGUACGAUAGACGUGCUUCAACUUGCUCUGAAAAGCGGGGCUCCAUCUCUAAUGAAAAACGAGGUUCCAUCUCAAAAGAUAAACGUGGUUCUGUAUCAUCGGAACGUCGUGUUUCUGUCGGUAAUGGCCGUAACUUUAGUACAACAUCCGAGGACGGCCUCAUAGAUUACGCCACGCCACCGCUCUCGCUCAAGAUCAGGAAAUUACGAAAUGCAUCAGUUGCGUUCACAAUCACAACAACGCUGCUAAUGGCCUUUGGUGUGACAGUACUAAUUCCAAAUAUUGCUGUUCAGAUUUUGAGUUUUCUUCUGCACACGGUCGUCAGAGGUUUCAUCCACAGUGCCGUUUGUGGGCUUUAUGCAAUUACGUAUCCUGCCAAUCAAAUAGGGAGUCUUGUAGGCCUCCAGUCCCUUGUUUCGGCUUGCGCUACUCUCUUGCAAUACCCCAUCUUCGUUGCCAUUGAAGGUUCUCUGGAGUCCGAUCCUUUUCUGAAGGUGAACAUUGGACUCCUCGCUAUAACCAUUCUAUGUUAUGGUCUGCCUGCAUACAUGUGGUGGCUAGCUAGACGACUGCGUGCAGAACAACUCGACAAUGACGUUGAAAUUGUGAAACCAUUAAUGCAAAAACUGCCACAACCAUCACUAAGCACUGUGCCGGAAGAUGUAUGAAAAGGCCUCGCUCGCAAACAUCGGGGUACUGUUAUUAUGGCAACAACUAAUGCUUGCUCUCGACUACAGUGUUUUUGAACUUGCUAAACCUGCUACUACGGAGGUCGCAUUACUUCUGUGAGCGUUGUGGUGUUUCCUAAUGUUGUUAUAGAUCUUAGUGUCUGUUAUUAUGUGUAUACACAAAUUAGAAAUGGCUAUCGAACAGAUGAGAUGUUUAGUUAGCUGUGUGGUCAAAGAAGGCUGGUCCGAAAUGACAUGGAAUGGAGAGUUGUAUCUUUGGUUACAGUUGCAAGAAAGCUGUAUGGUUUCAAAGGCCAGUUUUUGUCGGUUUUCUUGACAGGAAAACGCGUGAAGAAAAAUAAAAAAUGAAAAACUAAAAAAAAAUAAAAUUUUUUAUUUCUACCUUUUUUGCAUAAAAAGA